AAGCAAGCGGAACCCUUGGGUCACCAGUGUUCCUACCCGGAACUUUUAUCUCGUAGUACACUUCCUUCUAAACACUGCCCUUGGUUUCCUCCGAGAGGUGAAGUGCUGGGCAGAUUAAUUGGUGAAAAGGUGUCGAUUGUGACUGAAAUAUAGCGUACAAGCCCUUGUUUUAAAUAUGGGGCUUCUUCCCGAAGAAGCAAAAGUACUCCCUCCACCUGGGAUAGCGAACAGAAAUUCUGUGUGGCUCGGCAUGUGUGGUUUAUUGACAUCAAUGCUACACAACAAUCUGCAACGAAGGCCUGCAUUAGCGGCUGGUCUCCAUCGGCAUGUCUUGAUGACAACAAUCGGCUGGUUUCUUGGCUAUCAUGCUACCAAAAUUGUCAAUUACAAGCUGGCCAAAAAGGACCGGGAAAUGACGUCGUACGUCAUUCACCACCCUGAUGAUUUUCAAGGCAAAGAGAAAAAGACCUUUGCUGAAAUUGUGGAGCCUUUCCAUGCAAUCCGUUGAUGUACCCAAGACCACUGGUGUUCAUGUUCAGUACUGUUCAGUGUCUAACACCUUGCUUCUGAUACAAUGUAUUAUAUUAUAUGUCUAUAAAGAACCAUUUUCCUGCUGAACAUA